GGCUAUUUUGAACAUAUGUUUGUAGAAGAGUAAAUCAACAUCUGAGGAUCAAAAAAUGGCUUGUGGGUAGGAGAAACGUGUGGUACUGGUGGGUUACAAAUGAUGCCCAGGUUUUACUUCUUUCUGUCCACUAACAAACCAAAAAACAAAGACAGUAGUUUCUAACAAUAACGAUGCUAACUACCCAAUGGGCCAAUCCAAUUAACAGAUCUAUUCUUUAAAACGAAUUAUUUUUCCACAAUCCAUCCCUUCUUUAAUACUCUAUCUGUAUCCACAGCAGGCACAUUUAUCAUGAAUUUUGUGCCCUAUUUAAGGCCUUACUAGGCCAUCAGGAUUUGAUUAAGCUGCAUCGCCACAACAGAAGAUUUCAUCAGUUUGCUGCAAGUUAGGUAGCGAAGAUGCCUGCUUUUACUCACAGGGAUUUGGAUGCAGCCAAAGGCAGGGGAAAGGUUGUGUGCGUGAUGGAUGCAUCUACUUAUGUAGGACUAUGGAUUGUUCAGGGCCUUCUAAACAGGGGAUACACUGUGCAUGCAACUAUUCAGAAUGGAGGUGAAUUUGAAUCUUUAAAGAAAUUAAGUGGGGAGCGGUUGAAGAUCUUGUACGCUGAUAUGUUGGAUUAUCACAGCAUAGUGGAUGCACUUAGUGGAUGUUCUGGUCUUUUCUACACUUUUGAUUCCCCUCAAUAUGAUGAGGAAAUAGCUGAAAUUGAAGUGAGGGCAGCCCACAAUGUCCUGGAAGCAUGUGCCCAUACUGAAACUAUUGAAAAAGUGAUAUUCACAUCUUCAGUCGCUGCAGUAGUUUGGAGAGAAGAUAGAAAUUCAAUUUGUGACCUCCAUGAAAGGCAUUGGAGCGAUGUGAAUCUUUGCAGAAAAUUGAAGCUGUGGUAUGCACUGGGAAAGACACUAUCAGAGAGGACAGCGUGGGCUCUGGCCAUGGACAGAGGCGUAAAUAUGGUGACAAUUAAUACAGGCCUGGUUGUAGGGCCUGGCUCUGCAUACAAAACGUCAGGAUCCACCAUAGCAUAUCUCAAAGGUGCUGCACAAAUGUUUGAGAAUGGACUGUUAGCCAGUGUGGACGUAAGAUUUGUUGCAGAAGCCCACAUCUGUGCAUUUGAGGAAGCUUCUGCAUAUGGGAGGUAUAUCUGCUUCAACCAAAUGGUCAACAAUGCUCAGAAUGCUGACAAGCUUGCAGAGAGUUUGAGAUCACUGGUACCAUUUCCUGACAGAUGCGAAGAUACAAGCGUGUACCAACAGCGGUUGAGCAACAAGAAGCUGACUGAACUCAUGCUUGAAGCAGACAUUGAGAGACAAGUCCCAAUUGCAAACGAAGCCUUUCAAAAGCUUAUGUAGUCAAAGGCUUACUAAAGAUAUCAACCACCCGUGCUUGAGUAGGAACAUAUUGCAAAGUGACUUCAUUAGCCAAAACUUUUUCACGAAUAAAAGAGUAAUUUAAUAGCAA